UUCCAAACCUCCUUCAUCCUCGGCAGACAGAAGAGCAGCAUGAGGCCUGAGAACCAGAGCAGCGUGUCCGAGUUCCUCCUCCUGGGGCUCCCCAUAAGGCCAGGGCAGCAGGGUGUGUUCUUUGCCCUGUUCCUGGGCAUGUACCUGACCACGGUGCUGGGCAACCUGCUCAUCAUCCUGCUCAUCAGGCUGGACUCCCGCCUGCACACGCCCAUGUACUUCUUCCUCAGCCACCUGGCCCUCACUGAUGUCUCUUUCUCAUCUGUCACUGUCCCUAAGAUGCUCAUGAACAUGCAGACUCAGCAACAAUCCAUCCCCUAUGUGGGAUGCAUUUCUCAGUUGUAUUUUUUCAUACUUUUCGGUAGUGUUGACAAUUUCCUUCUGGCAGUGAUGGCAUAUGACAGGUACGUGGCCAUCUGUCACCCUCUACUCUACACCACCAUCAUGAGGGAGGGACUGUGUGUGCUGCUGGUAGCUGCCUUAUGGAUUAUUGCCUGUGCCCAUGCACUGUUGUACACUGGCCUCUUGGUCCAACUGUCCUUCUGUGCCAACAAUGUUGUUACCCACUUCUUCUGUGACCUCACUGUGCUUCUGAAGCUCAGCUGCUCGGAUAUCUCCCUCAAUGAGUUGGUCAUUUUCACUGAGGGAGGAAUGCUUUAUUUUCUAUCUUUGGCCAUUGUUUUGGGCUCAUAUAUCCAUAUAGGGACCAUCAUCCUGAGGGCUCCCUCCACUAAGAGACUCUUGAAAGCCUUCUCUACUUGUGGCUCCCAUCUCCUUGUGGUGUCUUUAUUCUAUGGGACACUUGCUGUUGUUUACUUUUUGUCCUCAUCAUGGGAUUCCAAAAACAUAAUUGCUUCAGUCAUGUAUACAGUAGUUACCCCCAUGCUGAACCCCUUCAUUUACAGCCUGAGGAACAGGGAUAUAAAGCAGGCCUUAGAAAUAUUUGUCAACAGGGUUAAUUUAUUUAAGUGGAAAUCACUAAAUCCUCUUAUUAUAGUCAGGAGCACAGUGUGGUACAUGUCCUAGCACUAUUGUAAGAUUGACAUCUCCAUAGAAGUUUAAUAGAGUAUCCACUCUGUUGUAACGUAUUAGUGUUCUCAAUGUGUCUACAAGUCAUGUUUGCUACUCAGGUUAUUAAUCAUUCUUCAUUCUUAACUGACAAUUUUUCUUAUCAUCUCUUCUAAGCAACAUGCAAAGUCUUAUGGCAAAUACACUGCAGAAUUAUAAUUGUGGAUUUGUCUUUUUCUCCCUUUAGUUUUGUCAGUUUUUUCUUAUGUACUUUUACACUGUUUUAUUGAGGACACACUGAUUUAACACCAUGAUCCACUCCUGCUGAACUUUUUUUUUUGAACUGAUUCUUAUGCCGACUUUUGUUGGCUUCAAGCUGAUUGCAUGCAUGUCUUCCCAACAUACAUUCAGUGGCAUCUUGUUGGUAGAGUGCAGUGAGCCAUGAUCACAGUAUUUUCUGUAUAAAAAUUGGCAUGUGGUAUAUAAAGUAAGGCUUUUAACAAAAGAGACAGACUUUAAAAAAAAACUAUGGUACAUUUACAUGACAGAAUACUACCUAACAGAAAGAAAGAUGGAGCUCCUCUCCUUUGCAAGAGUAUGGAUGGAA